GCGGUCGCACGGGAUCGUCGUGAUGAAUGGGGGUGGUGACGGUGGUGACGAAGAAGAGCAAUGCGUAUCAGUUCUUGCUGAUGGGGAUGAGGGAUAGGAGGAUGAAGGCCGUCAACGAGAUGCUUAAUUAUAUGAGGGUCAUCAAGUUUCAGGCAUGGGAGGAUCACUUCAACGAGCGCAUCAACAGAUUCCGCGCCGGCGAGUACAAGUGGCUGUCGAAAUUCCUCUACGCGUUCUCCUUCAACAUGACGGCCCUCUCGUCGUCGAGCUCCGUGAUCGCCGCCCUCUGCUUCGGCGUCUCCGGUCGCCGUGCGGCUCCCCCUCCCCCGCCUCCACGUCUUAUACCGCACACUCCUUCUUCCGCCUGCCGUCGCGACCCUUUGCGCACCGUUCCCCCAGGCCCCGUGAUCUCGUCUCCCAGGCCUCUGAAUCUCUCUAGAGAGGGCUCGACUCCGUAG